GGGAUAGGAUCUAGCUACUUCUACGUCAGGUUCUCCCGCCCCCGUCUUGAUCACAUGGCCGUGACAUCACGACUUCCUCAAUGCCAAUGUAGAAGUGUACCGGUUUAAAUACCUGAGAGGUACAGCACCGCACCAGCAAGGAUUCCAGGUAACCACUACCCUCUAGAUAUUUCCGCAGCCGGAGAGCACUUUGUGGUUGCGUUAUCUGAUUUGGCAGUAGGUUGGCAGCUAUGGCGACUGCAAUCGUGAAGGAGACGGCCAGCAUUAAACAUGCUGUGUCGAUAAUCAAUUCCAUGGAUGUGGGGAAAUUUCCCAGACUGCUUUCUCGUAUCGUCCAAAAACUUCAUCUGAAGGCUGAACGCAGUUUUAGUGACGAGGAAGAAGAAAAGCUUCAGGCAGCAUUUGCAUUGGAUAAACAGGAUCUCAACUUAGUCUUAGAGACUAUCGCCUUUAUUUUGGAACAGGCUGUAUAUCAUAAUAUGAAAACAACAGUGUUACGCCAGCAGUUGGAGAACAUCCAUCUUGAGCAGAGUAAAGUUGAAGCUUUUGUUAAUGCCUGGGAGGUUUCAGGCCAGGACACUGUAGAAAAGUUCAGACAAAGAAUCUUGGCUCCCAAAAAGCUGGAGACAACUGCCUGGCAGCUCAACCUCCAGAUGGCUCAAUCCACCCAAGCAAAAAUGAAAUCUCCCCAGGCUGUGAUAGAACUUGGAGUUAGCAGUGAAGACACAAAGAAUCUGGAGAAAGUGUUUGUGGAGUUUAACCACAAGGAGCUGUUGGAGUUCUAUAACAAGCUUGAGACUAUCCAGGCACAGCUGGAUUCCCUUACGUGAUGCCUUAAAGAUGGGUUCCUCCACUGCACUCCUGCCACCUCAUUAUUUUGCAUUGAAGAUAGAUUGCAAAGCUCUGUUUGCUGAAGGAAUCAAUGGGCUGCUUCCUCUAAAAUUAUAUGGCUUAUCUCCUCUUAGACUAGCAACAUUAGGCAGGGAAGAUCAGUUGAAGAAUGCCAAGGGUAUAAUUGUGUUUCCAGCUGAAUUCUGUCAAUGCAAGGUGCUUGUAUAAACAAAAAAAUAAGACCUAAUCUAUCAAUUCUGUAAUUAGGGUUUCUGAUGUUCUGUAAAAAUGAACAGAUACACACACACACAAUCUGCACAAUUACAACAUCCAGCAGGGGGAUCAUAUGAGAUACGAAUUAUAAAUUCAGAUGUGCUCUCAGGCCUUUCAAAAAAAGAUUAAAGGAACAGUCAAUAUUUGUCCAAACAUGCAUGCGAUCUUCAUCAGAAUCUUCAUUACCCCUAUGAAUAUCCAAGACCUAUAUUCUAGCUACUUAUUAAGCUUUGGUUUAUUGGUAAUUGCUGGGAGUGUCAGGGUUUGUAUUUGCAUGGAUAUCUGCAGUAUGUUUGUUUGGGGUGGGGAGCAGCAGCUGCUGCAGGAUGCUGGGAGUUCUUCAUUAACAGCUGGAACCACAUUUUCAAGAUCCCUGCUGUGAAGAAAUAGUUACUGUCGAUGUUUAGUUUAAUAACAAGCUGGCCAGCAUUCUAUGCUGUGAGCAACUGAUAGGGAAACAUACAAGGAAUGCCUUACAGAUAAUAUUCUGUCACCUGCAUCUCUGGAAAUGAUUGAACCAUCUAAAGGAAGUCAUCUUUAAAGGGCAGCAGUGAACGUAUAUAAAAAAAAAUAUGGAUUUGAUCACAUUUUUUUCAGAUGGGACAAGUAAAGUGAAAAUAUUUUUCAAUGUCAAUGUCUUAGCAGAAGAAUGGUCCCAUUUACCCAAGAAGCUGACAUCACAGGCUGAUUAUUAAACAUUUGUGAUAUAUAAUGUACAGGUAUGGGACCUGUUAUCCAGAAUGCUCAGGACCUGGGGUUUUCUGGAUAUUUCCAUAAUUUGAAUCUCGAUGCAUUGUCUACUAAAAAAUAAUAUAAGCAUUAAAUAAACCCAACAGGAUUGUUUUGGCUCCAAUAAGAAUGAAAUGUAUCUUAGUUGAGAUCAAGUACACCGUAUUGUUUUAUUAUUACAAAGAAAAAGGAAACAAUUUUAAAAUGUUUUAAUUAUUUCCUUAAAAUUGAGUCUGUGUGAGAUGGCCUUUCUGUAAUUUGGAGCUUUCUGGAUAACAGAUCACAUACCUCUACUGGUUUCUGUGCUGCCAGGAAAAGUAAUCUGCAUGAAUGACUUGCAUUGUUGAAUUUAAUAUUGUCUAUACUCUGAAAAAAACUUUUGGAGCAGGUACUCAAUGAAGGCAAUCUUCCAGCAGGCAGAUAAAUUCAAAGUGGAGAGUUUAUUGUGUCCACAGCCUUAUGCAUUUCAUGAUAAACAAUCAUAAUCGAGCCUAUGGUUGUUUAUCACGAAACGCGUAAGGCUGUAGACGCAAUAAACUCUUCACUUUGAAUUUAUCUGCCUGGUAGAAGAUUGCCUUCAUUGAGUACCUGCUCCAAAAGUUUUUUUGGUUUGUCCGCUCCCUGUGCGGAGGGCUCAGGGUGGUGCACCUGGGCCUCUUCCUUUGUAUGGUGAGUUAUCAAUUUCUACUUGCAGACCCUAAACUGCAGUUUAUUAUUAAUAUUGUCUAUACUUUGCCCCUAAGCUCAUGUAAGUGACCGUGGCCAAGACAUCUGUGAGUCCGUAGAAAAGAGACAUCUUCAGAGGCAGAGAUCAGCUGGAUAUUUUUCCCAUUGAUUCUUUCUCCGCUGCUUUGUAUCUAUAUAUAAUUGAUUCUCCAUACCAAUAGAUAAUGCAGUGCAAUUUUAUGUUGUUCUAUGGUUAAUGUACAUCUAAUGCAGAAAAUGAGUGUGCGGACAAUAAGCUAUACCCUAGGUAGAAGAUAAUUUCUUUUUAUAAAUAGGGUAGUUUAAAAACUGUAUUCAAUGCUGUGGAGCAAACCAAACCCUACAUAGAAUAAAAGCUACCACUGUUCUAAAUGCAUUGCCUGUUGCUGGGAAAAUCAUUUUAAUAUCUGUGUUUCCUUUGCAAUAAUUUAUAAAUACCAAUGAAUCUUUAUUAUCACAGAACUGAAUUGCUGUUGUGCAGAUAUAUGGCUGGGUUGUUUACUCUCACUUGUCUUCAGAUCUUCAAUGCUCUUCCCUCAAGGCUAGUGUUGUGAAAUAAAAGGACAUUUUUAAAGUA